CUGCCCCAAUUAAGGAUGAUAUUCAGUGUCCAAUUUCAGAAGCUUCAGCAGCUGCGCCUCACGCAGUACCAUGGCGGGUCCUUACCGAACGUGAGCCAGCUGCGGAGCAGCGCAGCCGAAUUCCAGCCGUCCCUUCACCAGGCUGAUAGCGUGCGGGGGACCCGCCACCACGGGCUGGUGGAGAGGCCAGCCAGGACCCGCUUCCACCCUCUCCACCGAAGGUCCGGGGACAAGCCGGGACGACAAUUUGAUGGUAGUACUUUCGGAGCUAAUUACUCCUCACAGCCCCUGGAUGAGAGUUGGCCAAGGCAGCAGCAUCCUUGGAAAGAAGAAAAGCACCCUGGGUUCAGGCUGACAUCUGCUCUUAACAGGACCAAUUCUGAUUCUGCUCUUCACACGAGUGCUCUGAGCGCCAAGCCCCAGGACCCCUAUGGAGGAGGGGGCCAGUCGGCCUGGCCUGCCCCGUACAUGGGUUUCUGUGAUGGUGAGAACGAUGUACACGGGGAAGUGGUGUCUUUCCCGGGCCCAUUGAAAGAAGAGAAUCUGUUAAACGUUCCCAAGCCACUGCCAAAACAGCUGUGGGAGACCAAGGAGAUUCAGUCCCUGUCAGGGCGCCCUCGAUCCUGUGACGUUGGAGGCAGCAAUGCUUUUCCACACAACGGUCAAAACAUAGGCCUCUCACCCUUUCUGGGGACCCUGAACACCGGGGGGUCAUUGCCCGAUCUAACCAACCUCCACUACUCUGCGCCCGUGCCAGCCUCACUGGACACCGGUGACCACGUCUUUGGUAGUAUGAGUGUGGGGAAUAGUGUGGGCAACCUGCCGGCUGCUAUGACUCACCUGGGCAUAAGAAGCUCUUCUGGUCUCCAGAGUUCUCGGAGCAACCCCUCCAUCCAGGCCACGCUCAAUAAGGCCGCCCUGUCCUCCUCCUUGAACAGCCACCCGCAGUCGUCCGCCCCCAGCGCCUCUGCCCUUCACCCUUCCCUCCGGCUCUUCUCCCUCAGCAACCCGUCUCUCUCCACCACAGCCCUGAGCGGCCCCUCCCGGCGGAGGCAGCCUCCCGUCAGCCCGCUCACGCUCUCUCCCGGCCCCGAAGCGCAUCAGGGUUUCAGCAGACAGCUGUCGGCCACCAGCCCUCUGAACCCGUAUCCUGCAGCCCAGAUGGUGUCCUCAGAUCGAAGCCCGCUUUCCUUCCUGCCCACAGAAGCUCAAGCUCACGUGUCCCCACCCCCCCCUUACCCUGCCCCCCAGGACCUCUCCCAGCCCCUCCUACAGCAGCCCCACGCCCAGGAGCCCCCUACUCAGCAGCCCCAGGCUGCCUCAUCCCUGCCUCCAUCCGGCUUCCCGCUCCUCGCGGCCCAGGGUUCCUCUUUGACCAACUUCUUCCCAGAUGUGAGCUUUGACCAGCAGUCCAUGAGGCCAGGCCCAGCCUUUCCUCAACAGGUCCCCCUGGUGCAGCAAGCUCCCCGAGAACCACAGGACUCGUUUCAUCUGAGACCAAACCUGUAUUCUAAUUGCGGGAGUUUCCCCAACACCAUCCUGACAGAAGACUCGAGUACCAGCCUGUUCAAAGACCUCAGCAGUGCGCUGGCGGGCAUGCCCGAGAUCAGCCUGAACAUGGACACUCCGUUUCCACUGGAAGAAGAGCUCCAGAUUGAACCCCUGAGCCUGGACGGACUCAACAUGUUAAGUGACUCCAGCAUGGGGCUGCUUGACCCCUCUGUAGAAGAGACAUUUCGAGCUGACCGACUGUGAACAGAAUGGAACGGGCCAGGAGAAUGUACUGCUGAAGAGCGAACGAGAACAGCAUAGAGUGGAGCCCGCUACACCCUCUGGGCUUGAGGGAUCUCGGGCUUCUGACAUGGAAGGAGCCAUUCCCUGACUCCCAACUUUCUGACGAGGCCCCGUCUCACACCCCGUGGCUCACUCUAGACCACAGAGCCGCGCACUGCCUCUCAGGCCUGCGGCUGGGGGGGAUGCUGCCGCAGGCGGGCUGCUCCGUAGCUGCCGAUGACUCGGUCGUCACCGUGACCAGUGCAUCCUUCUGUGGGCCGUCUAGUCCGUCGAUGUGUAAAAGAACCGUGGAGCGGGCCACAGUCGCGUUGUGCAGCACUCAGAACCACUGACCUUAGUCAACACUGAAGAGAGGGCCUGGCCUGCGAGGCAGUGAGGGCCGCAGGCCUUCGGGAGUUGGCUCAGCUGCGAGCAACGGUACCACAGCACCACGGUGCCUUCCCCACUGUCGCCGUCCCAGCUUGGCAGCCACCCGCCGGUGACCCCACGUGCCAGGGCACGGCGGACGGCCAGGAUCACCCAGAUCAUCCAGAUGCCUUAAUUCCAAUAUGAAGAAUUUUUACCACGAUUUCAAGAACAGAUUCAGUUAAGCAAACUGAAUGCUCAUUUGUUUUCUCCAAGUAUGUAAUCUCCUUUCUGCUGCUGCAGGACACCUUUUCCUGUGGACAAGGGGAAAAGGAGGACUGUUUUAUUCAGUCACUGAAAAAAAAAAAAAAAUCCCCCAGUGAUGGAUGAGACUGAAGAGAAAAGGGCUUCCUCUUGAUGGCAGGGGCGGAAAGAGAGGAAGGCCGUAGGGAUCUUGCAGACCCACGAUGUCUUCCAGACGAGCUCCAGACAAGCGUAGGCCUCCUCCUCCACAGCCCGGCUGCAGGGAUGCUGGAGGGCCGAUCAGACCCUCCAGCAGCCAAGCCGCAGCAGGGGGGGGGGAAGCCGUUUCUCGGUGGAAUGGGAGUGUUGUGGAACCCCGCUAGACCAUAAGCUCCUUGAACGCAGGGACUGUGCCUUACUCGUUACCAAACCCUGAGUACCUAGCAAGUGCUGGCACUGGGUAGGUGCUGCUAACUGCACCCUGAACGCGUGAAUGAACAAACGGAGAAGUGAACGAAUCUGCCUGGCUACAGGGCAGUCUAAUCUGUAGCCCCACCCCUUGCCAAACCUCAGAGCUUUAGCUUUCGAACACCUGUGCCUGUGGUUAAGCUAAGCAUGCACUUUAAUAGGCUUUAACACUAGGUGACCAAAUCCACGGUGAGCCCGGGCGCCCCCCACCCCCGUUCUCCUCGAGGGUAUGCCCCAGAGCAGGCGGCUGGGAACUGUCUUCUGAGUGCAUCCAGAAUGGCUGGGCACACUGAGGCCUCGGGGAUCCCAGCCAGGCCCCAACCUCAAAAGAUCCCUUUCAGAUCCAUGUUUUGCUCUAAAUUGCUUUUAAAAGAGAUUCCUUCUUUGAGGUUGAAGAAAAAGUCUCUAGUAAAAUGAAGGCCUAAUUCAUGAAGCCAUCAUUAGUCAUCAGUACCUUAGUGUAAAAACUAUGACUGCAUUUCCACCAUUCUUGCCUCCUCAGACUUAGCCCCUGACCAGACACCCGAUGGGGGGGGUGUCGAAGAGCACCUCUGGGGAGGGGUCUGGGCAGUGAGGCGGGAUGUGGGCACGGGAAGACGGGACCGGGAGGACAGGAGCGCAGAAGGAGAGAUGAAGGAUGCUGGAACUUUUGCCCGGACAGCGCUGCCCUUCCAGGAGACGCCAGGAGUGUGGCAGAAGGUCACUAGACUGCCCCCGCCCAAAGCAGCAAGGCUGUACUGCACAGGUCUGAAUCGGACAUGUCAGCGCCCCACGGCAAGAAGAGUCUGGAACGGGAUCCUGGGCUGUGAACUUCUCCAGGCCUCAUCCCAUUCCUGUCUCCAGAGGGAUUGCCUUAUCUCCAGUCUCUCAAAGAACCCCGAUGGCUCACCAUUGCAGCUUCCUCUGUAGGGCCCAAGGCCUCAGCCUCCCAGGAGCCCCGAAUCUCUGCUGUUGAAUUGGGAAAUCCAGCCAGGGUCCUCGCCUGAGCUCCAAGCCGCAGUCCCAGUGAAAUUUUCAGAUCCCUUUAUCCUGAGGAUGUCAGGACGGGGGUGUAACUCGUUGUUACAGUACAAGCCCUUUCCUUGUGGUACGCAGCUCCCCGGUGUGCCAAAAGAAGCCGGCUAGCUCUGUGCUGCCUUUCCUAUGUCGGAGGCCCCCCAAAUCUGACCUGGCCUUUCAGAUGGGAUGGUGCUGAUGGUAGGAGUUUGGUAUUUGUUUUUUUUUAAGUGGAAGUCCCAGCAUAAGCCACUCUUUGCACCAGUGCCUUACCCUUGGCGGGGGGUGGGAGGGGGAUUCAGCAGUGUGGAGGGGGGGCCAGCUCUGUCUGCACAGCAGUCCUGCUUACAGCAGGAGGCCCGGGACCUAUGCAAUGAAGUACCCUGCCCCCGGAGCAUUCUCCCAGUGACUCGUGGAAAUGGAGGCUCCCAGGAACAGUAACUUGUCCCGGGGUAAUAUAAUGAUGACAAUAAGGUUUAGCACUGAAUUAAAUUUGUCCUUAGGUCCACCAGUCCAGUCUUUUCCUGUGAAAAGGUUUUGGGCAUUAUCCAACCCACUUUGCUUACAUGGCGUCAAGGACACCCAUGGGCAGGUGUCCCUCUGACCUUCAGCGGGGAAGUCUACCCUCACUGCUGCCUUUGCAACAAACCAGGCGUGGUCCUCGGCAUCUGAAGCGGCUAGAUGCAUCAGAAUAAACGAUCUUCCAAUAUUUAGUCUUGUUACAAGAAAGCGACGGCUGUACUACUCUCAUUUACUAGCAGUUAAACAAUAUAGAACUAAAAACCUAUCUGUGUUCUAUUUUUUCUUUCUGUACGGUUGUGGUUUUUAGGACACACAGUGUUAGGAGAAAAUUUUUCUGAUCACAUCAAGACCACCGUAAAUUCUCCUCUGUCCUGCUUCAUUUCUCCUGAGUCUACUGUAUAUUAGCCGAGCUGAAGGCUUGUGUAUUCCAGCCCAUCUGUGUAGCUGAAGAUGUUUCGACUCUGACUCUCGUUGGCUCUGUUAUGCACGGGUGGUUCCAUCCCUUCGUGGUGGGGCCAUCACAGCCACUAAUCAGACUUCCCGCCAGUGUCCUAACUCCCUGGUCCCUUGUUAAAAAAAUAUUUAAAGAUUGGAAUUUGUAUAAAGUAGCUUCCAAGUUUUAUAAUACGUUGUUUUACAUCUUUCGUAAUUAAAAGCAGCACAAUAAGGUUGUAUCUGCA